AUGGGUUUCGUAUCAACUUUACUAACCGCUCCUUCCUCUUCAGCAUCUGCUUCCAAGAUCACAGCAGCCGAGGACCGAGCCAUGGACAGGUCUGACUCCAAGGUGAAGCCUGCGCCUGUAGGCAUCUCGAUUCGAAAUGGCCCGGUCGACGACGAUGCUAUGGAUCUAGAUCACGCGCCCAACGGCACUGCAAAGAGGAAGUCGCGCACUUCUAUUGACAAAUCCAUCAGCUACAAGGAUGACUCUGACAGCGAUGGUGCGCCUCUGGCCAAGCGGCAAAAAGCAAAGCACAGAGUGUCAGACAGCAGUGAUGACGAGCCCAUCUCGAAGAAGAAGCCAAAGGGCUUGCCACCGUCCAUUAAAGAGACGCACCUGGACGAUUCAUCUGAUGAUGAUGCGCCACUGGGAGCUAAGCUUGCCAAGAAGAAGGCUAGUAUCGAGAAGGCUGCCAACAAGGAGGCAAAGGCCAUUCGAGCUGCGGAGACAAAGACAAAGAAGCCAACACCCAAGAAACCCAUCAAGGAUGAAUCUGAUGAUGAUGAACCCCUUGCGAAGAAGCCCAAGGCCAAACGUGAGUCGAAUGGUGUGGUUUCAGCAAAGAAAGUCAACGGAAUUAAGAAGGAGUCGAAGCCAACUCCCAAGGUGAAGGCCAAAGUUGCUACUACCACACCGUCAAAGAAGAGGUCCGAGAGCGUCAAAGACGAGAAUGGUUCAGAUGAUGAGGACGAGGACGAUGAGAAGAACUGGUGGGACCAGCCGAAGAAGGAAGACGACUCCAUCAAGUGGACCACUCUCGAGCACAGUGGCGUGGUCUUCCCUCCUGCGUACGUACCUCUGCCGAAGAACGUCCGCCUAAUCUACGACGGAACGCCGGUCGUCCUCCACCCUGAAGCCGAGGAGGUUGCUACGUUCUUUGGCAGCAUGCUUCAUAGCACUCAGAACGUGGAGAACCCUGUCUUCCAGAAGAAUUUCUUUGGCGAUUUCAAGGAGGUUCUGAAGGAGACAGGCGGUGCCAAGGAUCUCAAGGGCAACAAGGUUGACAUCAAAGAGUUCGCCAAGCUGGACUUCAAGCCAAUCUUCGAAUACUAUGAAGCCGAUCGCGCAGCCAAGAAGAAUAGAUCUGCAGCCGAAAAGAAGGCUGACAAGGCUGAAAAAGACAAAUUGGAAGCGCCUUACAUGUUCUGCAAAUGGGAUGGCCGCAAAGAAAAGGUUGGAAAUUUCCGUAUUGAACCCCCUGGUCUUUUCCGAGGACGAGGUGAUCAUCCAAAGACAGGCAAGGUCAAGAAACGCGUAAUGCCUGAGCAAGUCGUCAUCAACAUCGGCAAAGAGGCAAAGGUGCCUGAACCUCCGGCAGGACACAAGUGGAAGCAGGUCAAGCAUGACAAUAAGGCAACCUGGCUCGCCAUGUGGCAAGAGAAUGUCAAUCUGAACUACAAGUAUGUCAUGCUUUCUGCAAACAGCGCCGUCAAAGGCCAGGCGGAUCACAAGAAAUUUGAGAAAGCCCGUCAGCUCAAGAAGCACAUCGACCGUAUUCGCAAGGAUUAUACUACGAAACUCAAGAGCGAUGUUAUGAAAGACCGUCAGAUGGCUACAGCCAUCUACCUGAUCGAUAAAUUUGCCCUCAGAGCUGGUAACGAGAAGAACACAGAGGAGGAAGCCGACACUGUCGGUUGUUGCUCACUGAAGUACGAGCACGUCACUCUUCGGGAACCUAACACAGUCAUCUUCGAUUUCUUGGGUAAGGACAGUAUUCGCUUCUACGAUGAAGUUACUGUCGAUCGACAGGUCUUCAAGAACUUGAAGAUGUUCAAGAAGCCACCGAAGGAAGACGGUGACCUGAUCUUUGACCGUGUCAAUACUGGUCAACUGAACAAGCAUCUCUCCGAAUACAUGCAAGGUCUCACAGCGAAGGUUUUCCGUACUUACAAUGCCUCUUACACCAUGUCCAAGCUCUUGCAAGAGCUUCCGAUUCAAAAUCUUUCUGUUCCCGAGACGAUCAAGCUCUACAAUGACUGCAAUCGAAAGGUUGCCAUUCUUUGCAACCAUAAGCGGACGGUUACCGCUAGUCACGAGGCCCAGAUGGAGAAGCUUGGCGAUCGUAUCAAGGGUCUGAAGUACCAGAAAUGGCGCACCAAGAUGAUGUUGCUUGAUGUCGAUCCCAAACAGAAGAAGAAGAAGGGCGCGGAGUUCUUUGAGAAGGGCGAAGAUCUUGAUGACGAGUGGAUCCACGAGCAUCAAGCCUUCCUUGUCGAGGAGGCCAAGCAGAAGAUCACCAAGAAAUUUGAAAAGGAGAAUGAGAAGCGAAUUGCAGAUAAAGAGAAGCCUCUACCUGAGAAGGAGCUCAAGGAGCGUCUCAAGGCUGCGGCCGAGCUCGAGGCGAAGUUCAAGAAGGAGAACAAGUCCAAGAAGGUGGAAGCCGAAGGCAAGUCGCCAAGUGUUGAGAAGCUUGAUGCUGCGAUUACGAAGAUUGAUGAGCGCAUCAAGGCGCUCGAGCUCCAGUCGGCUGAUCGCGAGGGCAACAAGGAGGUCGCCCUGAGCACUUCCAAGAUCAACUAUAUCGACCCACGACUCACUGUUGUGUUCUCGGCCAAGUUCAACGUCCCCAUUGAGAAGUUCUUCUCCAAGACCCUUCGGGAGAAGUUCAAGUGGGCGAUUGAGUCUAUUCGGGACGACUCCACUUGGGAGUUCUGA